AUGGACGACUACGAACUUGAUCGCGUCGCGUCGGAUAACCCUGCUCUGACUGCGCCCGCGGCCCAGCGGGCUCCCAUACGACGGCUGAAGUCUCAGGGCCCGACAUCGACGUCAGCUGCUCAAUCUACCGGUUCCAGUACUACGGUCGCAUCUGGGGAGUUGACGAAAUACGAUGUGGGCUGGCGCAGGAUUGUCAGGAACUUUUCGCCGUCAUGGUUCUCCGUGACCAUGGGCACGGGCGUAGUUUCUCUACUUCUCGUCGCUAUACCGUUCAAAGCAGGCUGGCUGUACUGGCCUGCGGUGAUCUUCCUUGGACUCAACACUAUCUUGUUCGCAUGCGCCUUCUCUGUCUCUGUCUUCCGAUAUGUGGUAUACCCUGAAAUAUGGACCGUCAUGAUCGCGGACAGUGUCAACUCUCUCUUCCUUGGAACCAUUCCGAUGGGAUUCGCCACCCUCAUCUCAGCUUGGUGCUCAAUCUGCAUCCCAUAUUGGGGACCCUGGGCCGUUACCUUUGCUUGGGUCUGCUGGAUGAUCGAUUCUGUAGUCGCUGUCUCAGUCACGAUAUCGCUCACGAUCCUACUGAUCUCUGCCUCUGACCGUCAGGCUUUGGAUCGCAUCACAGCAGCUCAGCUAUUACCUAUAGCUGCAUCCAUAGUCGCUGCAGGAACCGGUGCCAGAGUCGCAGAGCAUUUGACCAACCCGCAACAUGCUCUUGGUACGAUCAUUGCUUCGUACAUUAUGUGGGGUAUGUCUACACCACUAGCGAUGACGGUUCUAGUCAUGUACUACACACGCCUGGCUUUGCACAAGCUACCACCACGAGAGAUUGUUGUGUCGUCCUUCUUGCCACUAGGACCCCUAGGCAUGGGCGGCUAUUCCAUAACUUAUCUUGGUUCGGUCAGCAGGCGGGUCUUUCCAGAGACAGAUUUCUUCUCAGAUAUCCCCGUGGCAGGCGACAUCUUCUUCGUCUUCGGGGUCUUCCUAGCGCUCAUCAUGUGGGCGUUUGGUCUGACAUGGCUCUGUUUCGCACUGGCAUCUAUCUACAAGUCUCGGCCGUUUCCGUUCAACAUGGGCUGGUGGGGUUUCACGUUUCCCCUUGGGGUCAUGGCGCUUAGUACAAUGGAGCUUGGCAACAUCUUCCCGAGUCUGUUCUUCAGAGUUCUAGGGACGAUCUUCGCAGUAGCCGUCAUUCUGCUGUGGUGCGUAGUAGCUGUUGGCACAGCACGCGGUGCAUGGAGCGGUCGGCUGUUCAAUGCGCCGUGCCUCAAGAACUUGCCGAAGAGAGAUUCUACGGGGAAAGAUGAAGCAGAGAAAGAGAAAGGGCUAGUGCAGACAUGA